CUAACGCGCUUUAUACGUGCGUGCGAAGCCACAAUAAGUAUAACAAUUAUUAUUACAUCCAAUUAUGCCUUUUUUUUUGCCUCACCAUAUUAUGAGCCCAAGUAUUCCCCGUAGUAUCAAUGUAUGUGCCACGCGUUUACGGUGCGUUUGUAACAAUACUAUGAAAGCGUAUUUGUCGAAGAAAAAAUUAUCUUCAUUGAAAACGCGGUUCGCCUCUAAGGUGAAAGCGGCCGUCGGACGGUAUAAGAAGUGCCGAUAUUGGUUGUCACAGGGCCUGCGGAGAAUCGCGAAACGCCGGGAUAAGACCGCGGAUGACGUCGGUGGAGGCGGUGGCCGGAUAACAAAGAUCGACGACAUAUUCGGUGAAUUGGACAGGGACAGGGACUCGUUAGUGGAAAAGUUGAAUUCCGGACAAGAGCUAUACCCCAAUUGUGACACUUCGAUAUGGCUGAGGUGCUGUACGCAGGAGAUCCCUAGUCCCAUUCAAGGCGUGGUACAAGGUAACGAUAAACGUCCAGUCACGUGAUAAAGUAUAAAAAAAAAUGAGCUGAUACUGGGGUCGGGCGUGCCACUGUUGUUGGUGGGAAGUUGGAAAAGUUAAGAUACAUAAAUUUACUUACAUAAUUUAUAUCUGUAAACAACAAUAAACCAUUGCUAAUGAGAAACGUUUCGGAACGAAUUUCGGUUAAACGUAUUUUGAAAUACUGUAAUAUUUACGAUUUUUGUUAAAAUUAAAUAUUAAAAUUCUUAUUAUGUAUUUGCCAUUUUUAUGAUAAAUUUUUUCUGGUUUUUCCCAAUUAUUAUUAAAAAAUUCCAUAAUAAAUCAAAAUUUGAUCUUCCCAGUGUACCAAUUAAAUAAAAUUUAAUUUCAGAAAAAGUGCUACACUUAGUACAUCAGAGCGAGAUUACUGUUAGAAAAGAUGCUCACAGAAAUAAGAAAGAAAAAACACUCAUCAUGGUAAAACCAAUAGAUCCUGAUGAAAACUGAUGAUGAUGGGAGUAUAGUUUGUUUUACGAGAGAUGGUACUGCGCGGCGGACGAAAACUCAUCGUUUCUCCCCAUUACAGCACGAAACGGCUACGGGCCACCAGUUAGACUCGAGUAUAUAGUGUCACAGCAGUGAUUUAUGGUCCCUAAUAUUAUGCUCAUCAAUUUUUAUACUCAUCAUUUUUUAAAUAUACUUUUUAGUUUAUGUAUAACAAUCUUAUUCUUGGAACAGGGGGAAUACCCGGAUGGUUAACGGGUUCGUUAUUGAGAAACGGUCCGGGGAGCACGAAAGUGGGAAACCACGAAUUUAAACACAUAUUCGACAGUUCCGCUUUACUGCAUAGGUAUACAAAUUUUAAUUUGUAAAUAUUACAAUAAAUAUAAGUGUGUAACAAUAUUUAUUUAUUAAGGUUUGCGUUUAACAAUGGAACGGUAUCAUAUCAGUGUAGAUUUUUGGAAUCUAACACGUACAAACAAAAUAAAGCUGCUCAGAGAAUUGUCAUCAGUGAAUUUGGGACUCGGGCCUGUCCAGAUCCUUGUAAAACGAUUUUCCAUAGGUACGUAGAGCUACGAAUAUAUUUAUAUAUAUUUUAUUUUAGAGUUCUUUUCAAUUCUUUCAAUUCGAGCACUACAUAUUAUAAAAUAAUUGUUUAUCUUUAUUCUUUAUGUACUGGGUUGGACUAGAUUACCGGUAUACUGAAAAACCUCCCGAUAAACCACGAUAAAAACAAGUUAGUUAAAUCUGUUAAGGUCAGGUGGAAAGUGAAUAACUGAAGCAAAUUACUAAUACACCGAGAUAUGGUUAAAUUAUUCUGUUAAUCUAUAAUAUAUAUCGUUCAAGGUGCCUUUAAUAAGCCGUCAGGGAUUAUAAGUUAUGGUAGGUACCUGUUAUAGGCUAUUAAUUGACCGUAAUAAGUCGUAAAUGAGCACGCUUUAAAUAGAAAGUAUUGUGGAUAGACAGUGAUAAACUGAAAUGGGACAGCUUUUCAUAAGGUAGUCUAACCCGGUAAUUAUGUAUGUAUAUUAUAUACACUUAUGCAAGUACGUGGUUUUAUUGACUAUGUUUACACGUGUUACAAAAUAUAAUUUCCCAAUGUAUAAUUGACCUAUUAUAAUAAUCAUUCAAUAGUUAUUAAUAAGUCACGUCAUUAGCACGAAAAAAAAAACUUUGGUUUGAAAGUAUAACGAAUAUUUUCGUGAUAAAAUUUUAUCAUUACAUUAAUUGAUUGAUAAAUUAACUGCAUGGUAUUUAAUAUCAUAUAAUAAUAUAAUAAUGUGUUACGGAGUGUGUUUGACUCCUGAAUGUUUCUAAAUGGACUCGGAUAUUCUAUAGUACAAUACCUAUACUGGGGCUUCUUUCAAAAUCUCAUCUGGUUAUCCAAUUGGUUGUUUAACUACUGAUUUUUUUUCUUUUCAUUAUUAGAUUAAAUCAUAGUCGUUUAACUGACUAUAAUUAUAAUUUAUAGGUAAAUUCAAAUAUCGCAGUUGAAAUUAAGAAAUAUAUACAAAUUUUGAAUUGAAUACAAAGUCUAUAUAGAACUCAAAUUCAAAAAUUUGCCCAAUCAUAAAUAAAUUACCCAGCUAAACAGUUUGAUUUUUCAGAAUUUCUAAUGUAUUCAAUUGGGGAGAAGAUCAAUCGGACAACGCGAUGAUAUCCAUUUACCCGAUCGGCGAUGAAUAUUAUACGUUAACCGAGUAUCCAAUAAUGACCAGAAUUGAUCCCGUAACUCUGGAGACGCUUCAAACAGUGAAUAUAAAUAUUAUUAUUUGGUAGAUAAUCGAUCCGUGAUAUGAUAAUAUUAUAUUAUGGUUUUAAAUUAUAUAAAUUCACAACUGUAAGACACGACGUCCGACCCAUUCCCACAGCUGCCACAGUGCCACAAACUAUAGAAUUAGUUGUAGAUUUAGAAUUUAUAUUAUAACUUAAUUAUAAAUCUUGAAUCUACGAUGUAUUAUUACUAUAUCACUUUACACUUAAAAUUAUCGCUACCUACCUAUUUUAACUUUCUUGAUGUUCACAUUUACGGGGGUAAAAUUGUAUAGGUAGGUAUCUACCUGAUAAUUUGGGAGAAAUAUGCAUGUGAAAUAUUUAUUAAUUAAAUUCGGAAUUGUGUAUCAAUUAUAAAUAGAUGACAGCACAAUAUUAUUAUGCUUGUCAAUAGGUUUCAAUAUAGGUAUAAUUUCUAAUUUAAUAUAAAUCGUAUUAUUAUAUAUAAUCGUUUUUCUUCUUCGUUUAUCCGAAACAAGUAACAUCAGCCAAUCAUAGUCUCACCAUCUAAAUCUUCCAAUCCACCACCAUUAUAAGUUCUGCAUUUACACUUCACAUGCCCCUAGGUCUCUUUUCUUACCAAGCGGCUAUUUAUCCUCUACCUCUGCCAUGCUCUAUCUAUAUACAUUAUGCACAUAAAAAAUAAUAGCGUAGUUUCAAGUUGAUUUCCAUAUGGGACAUUAUACAUUAUAUACUAUUAGUUGAAAUAUCCGGUAUUUCUCAAGCUCAAUCAUUUUAAAAACAGAAGUCAAUGAAAGAGAAUUCAUAAAUCAACAAAAUAAAUUUAAUUUUCAUUCCAAACAUACCAAAAACACUGUGGCUGACCACACUUUAGAGGUUGAAUUUCGAGAUAAAAAGCAAACAGCGAUCUUCAUCAUUGUUGGAAUGUCAAUUGGGUAAAGUUUUAUCAAGAUCGGAAUAAACCAGCUAUAGACUUGUAUAACGGACAGAAUUUUAAUUGUAUACAUAAGGUAUUGCUGUUAUAAUUUGUAUUUAUUUGUCUAAGUAUAAUAAGUAAAUAUAUAUAUAUAUAUAUUUUAAAUUAUUAUAUUAUGUUAAUGUGUACUUAAUUUGAGUAACGACAUUUGCGUUCCAAUCAGAUGGAUUUGACUCACCAGACUGGUAUUGUACACCAUACGGCUCACCCUCACGUGGCAGCCGACGGGGCUGUUUUCAACCUGGCGACGGUACCAAAACUUGACGGUCCACAUUAUUGCGUGGUCAAUUUUCCGCGAUUCGAUCCAGGUAUACAGUCGGCAAAAUCAUAAAAAAUUCCGACGUGGAUUACAAUUUAAUUAUAAUAUUCAAGGGAUUUUAAUCGAUGGCCCCUAGAAAUCCACUUAUAGAUGGACACCCCCAGAAUUUACAUAAAAUACCUAUGUGAAAUUUCCCGAUUGUUGAUAUUCUAUAAGUACUAUAAACACAAUUCGUUUUCAAAAAUUAAAAAUAUUUUUUUUUAUAAUUUCCGUACAAUUUUCCCUAAAAAUACUGACUAUAAUAAUACAGAUAUACCAAUAUAACUUUUUCCCGCUACCUUUGUACACUUCUAACGGCAUCCUUAAAACCAAAUGAGCUACAUUAGAUUUAUUUAUUGACGGAUUGAACUGAUAAAAGUUUGGUUUAAUUUUACGUUAUUGUUACAGAAGGAGGUUAUUGUUUUGGCUUUGAACAAAGUCAGGAAGAGUUUAAUUUUGUACAUAUACAUUAGGUUAUUGUCAAGGAUGUAGCCUUUGGUGGUUUCGACUUUCAACCCUUGUCCGCCCCAAUUAUAUUUUUAUGCUCGUAUGUCACCAUUCUUUUGAAAGUAGUUAUAGCAUAUAGCUAUAAAGAGCAUAUUAAGAUAAUGGCCAACUAUAGGGAACCGUUUUCUAUUGAUUACUUAUCAUAUAAGGUUUUCACACGAAUUUGAAGCAAAUAUUACUACUCCUCGAAUCCUUGAUAACAAUAACACUUUGAACAAAAAAUAACAGCUUUAAAAUAAAAAUUUAGUAUCGGUACAAAUGUAAUGCCAUCGAAUUGGCGGUCCUGAUAGACAAAAUUAUCGACUAUAUUAUAAAAUGUAACACUAAUAUUAUUUUUUUUUUUGUCGUUUGUUCCGACACAAGAUACCGGACACCAAUUCACGACAGACGAGAUGUUCGACCGGAUACGCGUCGUGGCGUCAAUCAAGUGUCGGUGGCCAUUGCAUCCCGGCUACAUGCAUUCGUUCGGCGUGACGGACCGAUAUUUCAUUAUUGUCGAACAGCCACUUAGCGUUUCUCUUUCUGCCGCCGUUGUCAACCGAUUCAAAGGAAACCCACUGUCCAACUCGUUGAAAUGGUUCCAAGACUGUCCCGUAAGUCGUAUAAUAUACAAUAUACGUAUCUGUAAUACAAAUUUAAAUAAAUCACCACAAACGAAAAAUGGUUUUGCUUGAAGUUUGUUUUAACAUAUUUCGAACAAAUUUAAAUUAAUAAUUGUAUUAGAUUUUAACAUCAAAUGAAACUUCAAUAAAUUUGUCAUGUUUCAAACAAAUUUUAAUAUAAAAUUAAACUUAAAACGAUGAUAAUAAUAAAUUACAAAUUGUUUUAUCAAAAAAUAAAACUCAAAACUUUCAAAUAACUAUAAAUAACGCCAAAAUAUAUAUGAAAAAUUGUACCAUGUCUAAAAAGUGCAAAUAUAAGUCUCCAGUAAAAGCCGCUGGUCUCUCGGAUUAUUUUUUACUGAAUUACAACCUACAACAAAAAAACGAAAUAAUACAUUAUUGCAUAAACAUUCCCGUUUUUCCGACGUUUUAUCUGGUUUUUCUUUGUUAUUAAAAAAAUUAUAAAGAAUAUCAAAAACUGUACCAAAUAUAUAAGCAAAAUUUGAUAUCCAAAACUAUUUCUGAUAUUAAUAAUAAGAGCAAAAUUUCUGAUAGAAAGUUGUUUAUAGACAAAAAAAGUAUACGUUCGCUCAGAAUCUAAACAAAAAUCAACAAUUAUUUACGUAAUCAAUAGAACUAAAAACAAGCGUAAAUGAGAAUGCUUAAGUGGAGUGUCAAGAGAAGAUAAGUUAAGGAACGAGUAUAUAAGAGAUAGGCGUGGUUUUGAUAGUAGACCUAAUGAGAUAAAAUAAACUAAGCUGAUUUGGAUAUAUCACGAGGAGAGAGAAAUCAAAUAAAGUAAAAAUGAUAAUGAAAAUAAACGUAAGAAGAUAAAAGGAAAGAGGAAAACAGAAAAAGAGUUUAGGUUAUAGGAAUGUGACUGCGAAUAAUAUGAGACGUAGGUCGUAUAUGGAAGAACAAUAUAGGGGAUAGGUUCAAUAUUGGAAGUUUAGGACGAAAUGGCUAACCCCAAAUAGUUGGGAUAAAGACGGAGCAAAAAAAGAAGCAGAUUUAAAUCGUCAAUAUAAAAGUGUUCUUAUGAAAAAAACAUACCAAAACUGGCCAAGUCGCUCAGUUUUAGUAACUCUUAGUGAGUCGUGAGUAAUAACUUUGUAUAAGCAAUGCAUGAUUUACAGACUCUUAUACACUUGAUUUCACGUUCCGAUGGCCAAACGGUCAAGACGUUCAAAUCGGACGCCUUUUUUUACCUGCACAUUAUCAACCAGUUUGAAGAAGACGGUUGUGUUGUCAUUGACAUUUGUUGUUACCGUGACCCUUCGAUGAUCGACUGUAUGUACAUCGAAGCACUACAAGUAAUAUAAUCACUACAAAAUUAUUUUCACUUUUCGAUCAUCUUGUAUAAAAUAUCGUACGUUGUAUACACUUACUAGACGGAUUCUUGAACGGUAUUUUUAUAAAUAAUUGCGAAAAAUAACUUUAAGCAGAGAAAUCGUUUACACUAUAAACAUUAAACAUAACCAUGCGGACUCAACAACAGAACAAUUAUUCUAGAAAUUAUUCUAGGAAUUAUAUGCUAAUUAAUUAUGAUUUCGUACUCAUAUGCUCUCGUACUAUCAUGACGAAUUUAGUUGAUUUCCUGUAACGAUUAAUGGGAUGAUAAUGAUCUGCAACCCUUUUAUUUUCCAAUAAUUUUUUUCGUAAAACUGGACUGUCUAAAAUAAUCGCAAGACAAUCUACUGUAACAUGGAUACUGUAAUGAUGAAUACAUAAAAAAGUUCAUAUUCUAGAUAUUAAAUUAACCACAACGUUCAAAAGUGACGCUCUGCAUUGUGCGCACCUUUGACGUUCGACGCUCUCUAAUGUACGGGAGAUAUUUAGUGGAUAUACUGACAGAAAUUAUACAUUUCGUCAUGUAGUGUAAUUAUGCGUACUGUUUCCAAGUUGUGGUUAAAUAUAAAUUGCGGUAAAAUCAAGUAAACCUUAGUAAUAAAAACUUUAUCACAGUGAAAAAUGUAUUACUGAUGAAUUAUAGCAAUAGUAUAAUAAAACGUAAAUUGAAAGCUUUUAUCUUGUAAUGUCAUGUAAAAUUUAAUAAGCUAUGAUAGUAUAUGAAUUUUUGAAUGAUGUAAAAAGGGGUUUUAGUGUUAAAAUUAAUAAUACUUAAAGUUAUUAUAAAUAAGUUAUAUAGGUAGGUAGGUAUUUAUAAAAAUAAAAAUGUAUAGAGUUCACAGAUUAAAAUAAUGUAAAACACAAAUUAUAUUGAUAGUAUAUGGAAAGGGAAAGUGAUAAUCUUUGACAAGUCAAUAAGUUAUAAAUUUUAAAUAGAAGCUACCGCAAUCACGUGGUAGAACGCAUGCAACAAGCGUCCCGUAGUCGUCCACAAUCUGCGGUAAACCAGAUAGCCAGAAAUUUGACUUUGACAUCAAAUUUGGAACAUCCCUGUAUACAAGUCUAGAUUAAAUAUUUGAGGAAUUUCUUUCGCCUAAUUGUUCUAUAUUAAUAGAAUAAAACACCUUAUAAAUAUGGGCCCCCGGGCCAGCACAACCCUUAAUCCGAGCCUGCCUGUAUAUCUUCAUGGAAUUCGUUAAGGAUUUCAAACUUAAAUUUUUAAAAUCAUUUGAAAAUCUUUUUGAAAAUAGUUUUGUGUUGGGAUCACGGUUAUUGUAGAUCAACAAUCAACACCAUCAAUCAUAUUAUAUGUGGGAAUAUUUUAUAUCUUCUGUGGUGAUUCUGUCUAUACAUUGUGCCAGGCCAAUCGAUUAAUAUUUCUGUUUGGCAAAUAAAUCUUCAAUAUAAAUUAUGUUUUGUUGACUAAUUUUUUUUUUAUUUUUUUUUUACCAACUGGCAACUAUUAUUUUAAUUUAAAUAUUCUACAUUUAAAGGUAACAUUUUUAAAUUUUUAACUAUUUCAUACUAUGGUGCAAUAAAUUAUAACGAAUUAUUUAUUAUAAAUUGACACUCGCCUCAUGUUAUUAGUUUGUUUUUUUUUGAUUUUGGAUUUAAAUUUUUGAAUUUCAUUUUUAAAGAAUUUUGUCCAGCUUUGUGGAUAAAUUAUAGUAUUAUGUUAAUACAGAAUCUCAACAAAAACCCGGAUUACGCAUCUAUGUUCCGGAGCAGACCUUUGAGAUUCGUAUUACCGGUUGACAGCAUUCCUACAAGUGUUGUAGACGACGAUGGCAAAACUGAUUAUCCGCACGUCAACCCCGAGACACUAUGCAAUUUGGGUUGCGAAACGCCCAGAAUAAACGAUUGUAACAUCGGUAACAAGUAUCGUUUUUUUUACGCAAUAUCGUCGGAUGUCGAUGCCGAAAACCCCGGAAUGGUAAUCAUUUUGUUUGAUUGUUGACGCUAUCCAAUUAUAGUUUUGUUAAACAUGAGUUUGUUAAAAUUACAUUUACGUUUUUUUUUUCAUAAAUUGGUUUCAUGCAGUGGUGUAGCCAAACUUUUGAAUUGAAUCGAGGGGGAGGCUAAAUAUAUUUUACUUGAAACACGAUCAAACUUAAGGGGUAAGGGUGUUUUGAUUUUUUGAUCAAGUAAAAUUUAGGAAAGUGUUUUCAUCAAUAUGCAUAUAAAUUUUUAAUGCAAUAGAUAGGUGUACUUUAAGCGAACAUUUAUACAAAAAAAAAACCUUAAUAAUUAAAUAAUAAUAUAACUUCUAAUGUUCUUAUAUUUAUAUAAGAAUAUAUGUAAUAUCUUGGUGUCAGGGUCGAAUCUAUAUGGGGAGGGGAUAGAAGUAAAUGUAGAAUACAAUUUUCAGAGGCAUAUUCGCGCGUAUUUUUUUUUGUGUAUACUAACUGAUUGGAAUUUCUGUAGUUAAAUUAUUUAGUGUUUUAAAAGACUAUGAGUAAAAUAGUUUUGCAAUUAAGUUACCGUUAAACUUAAAGAUAAAAACAUUAUCUUUGUCGUGACGUAAUUUUUUAUACAUUAUUUAAAACUGUGUAGGGGAGAUAUUAGCGUUUUUAAAUCGUUAUAUUUUACAUACUCGUAUCUCGCUGAAAAAUUUAAAUUAUGAAAAAAGAACGAUGACACAACAUAGAUAACAUUCUUAUCUUUAAGUUUGAUGAUAGAUCAAUUCAUUCUAAUAUUAAAACUAAUAACACAGAGUUAGUUGUGCAAUCAGGGGGGGGGGCGGAUAUAGAUCUAGAUUUUCGUAGUUUCCGUGGUUGUUUACACUUAUUAUAUUAUAUUACAAAUAUUUUGUUUUAUUUCACGUACGCAAUGAAUUCAAGUAAUAGUAUAAUUAGUCAAUUACGAAGUCACUGUAACACCUGAUGAAGUAAUUGAUAAUUUAAGAAGUUCAAAACGUCGCGCAUCCUUAAUUGUAUGAAACUGUUAGGAAUCAUACUACUUAUCGCAGCAGUGCGUAUACCUUAAUUUUGUAGUUUUAAUUUUAGAUUGUUUACAUUAUAAUAAACUUAAUAUUUAAUUGAGUCACUAAGUUAAAUUAAUUAUAUUUUGAGCCUUUCAUCCUUGUCAAAUCAUUUAUGUUUAUUUUUUAAUAUUUUACUAAGUGAUAAAAAAUCUGUAAACAUCAAUUGUUUGCCCCUAUGGACCUAAGUCUCCCAUUAGCUACUCCACUGUUGGUCCUGGUGUUUGAAACUACACUCCCAAAAUGGGUACAAUAGGUACCGACAUCCUAUCUAUUUAUAUUAUCUUUUCGGUCAUUUAUGUUUUAUAAUAAUAUACUUAUAGCUCAUAAAAGUGGAUACGUACAAGAAAACAUGCACGACAUGGAGCGAACGGAACGUAUAUCCCAGCGAACCAAUUUUCGUCCCUUCGCCGGAUGCAAAAGUACGAACAGAAUAAUAUUAUCGAUUCAUAAAAUUUUAAAAAUACAAAUUAAACCAUAUCGCAGAUACAUAUAUAGAAAAAAUAGUUCGCUGUGAUUGGUGUGAGAUUUAUUUAAAAAUUUUAUUGAGUUUAAUUCUGCUCAACAGCGGUACUAAAGAAAAUCUGCUCUAAGAAAUCGAUUAAUUAUUAUUUUACCUAGUUACCUGGCUAUCUAUAUUCUAUAUAAUAAAACAUUCUUUUUUUUAUAAAUGUAUACAAACAAAUUUUUAAAUCAUAAUGAUUAUAAGUAACCUUUGGUUUUUGUAAAUACGAUUCGAGCCUCAUACAACUAUUACAUAGGUCGCAAGUUGGCUCCUCCUGGUAUGCCCUUUCAGUGUCAAAUAAAUAGCUAAGCAAUCUAAAUACCAAAAUUGUUAUUAUUUUUUUUUAAAUAUCGCUUUGUUUACGCAUUACGAUUAUCUCAAAUAAGUAGGCAUAAAUAACACGUUUUGUUCCGCAAUCGGUCCGAUUUGAAACGGAAUUUAUCUGCUGAACAACCAAUUUCGUAAUACAAUAUAUAAUAUGAACAUUGGCCAUAUACAGUUGUCAGUCGUAUAUAAUCAGUAAUAAAAAUUAUAAAGACUUUAUAUAAACCUACAGUAAUCUUACCGACUUAAUAAAAAAUAGCCAAUAGAUACAGAAAGGUAAAAAAAAAAACCGUUGUAUUCUUGAUUUCAAUGAUUUAUAUGAAGUAGAAGUGGCGUGCGCAAGUUGAAGGUAAGAGGUUAUAUCCGGAGGGGGGGGGAUAUAAGAGGAGAGGCCUUAUUGAUUUCAAAAUACAACAGCUAUAAGUGCUUAUUUAGUAAUUUAAUUUUGAAGUUAUAAUACAUUUUACAAGAAAUUUUGGAAAAAAAACUUGAUUGAUCGAGUAAAAAUUGACUUUUUUUGGUACGGAAUUUAAAUUCUCAUUGUCGGAUUAAGUAUAAUAAUAGAAAAAGAUUCUACGAUUUAUUUAUGAAUAAUGAUUAUUAUUAAUUACAUCCCCCCUCAAUCCUCGUUGAAAAUACCUGGCAACUGUCGAGUAUAUAGAUAGAGAUUAUAGUUUACGAACAAUCAAUAGAAAUACGCUAAAAUAUUAUAUUAUCUAGAAAAACCUCUUCUGUACUCCUCCCAGAAAAAAAAAAAUGUUCAAACGCCAUAUGAAAAUUAUAUAACUUUCUUGUGCACUGCGCAGGAUGAGGAUGACGGCGUCGUGUUGUCGUCGAUUGUUUGGGGCGGAACCGAGUGCACAAACCGAGCCGGAGUAGUGGUUUUGGACGCCAAAACCUGGACGGAGAUUGGACGAGCCACUUUCGUCACUCAGUCUCCUGUGCCCAAAUGUUUACACGGAUGGUACGCCCGAGUGGUAUAAAAGCGUGUCGUGGUGCGUUUAAAAAUUGUCUAACUGACCUGCGAGUCCAUACGCUCAAAAGUAUAAAACAAUAUCCGUCUGCUGUGCAUGCAUCAAAGGAAUAGUUACGUUAUUUAUUUUAUUAUUUUUUUUUUUUUUUGACUCAAUGAAAUUACUAACACAUUAUGUUCGUAAAAUCGUAAAUCACCGCAGCUCUGUACAUAUUACAUCGAUAUUUGCAUAAUAAAUAUUAUAUAGAUAUAGGAAAUGAUAUAUUUUAAUACUCACUGCAGUAAUACCUACUCGUAUAUUGCAUACUUAAAUCGCGAAGUGAUGACGUAUAAUUUCAAACCGGUACCGAUAUUAUAAUAGUAUGGUCCACUGUUGGAAUUUAAAAUUUAAAUGGUGAAACACUAAUAUAUAUACCAACAAUGUGCAAAUCUAGUAAUUAAAAACACUUAGGUGCUUACUCAAACUUUAACUACUUUAACUAAGCUUACUUUCACUAAAAACAAUUAUUGUUUUCAUACAAUUGUUAACCACGCCAAACAACAAAAUAUUUCUUAAUGAUUUUAUUCUUCAAUAGUUUAAAAUAGUUAUAAUACAUGAAAUAAUAUUAAUAUAUAGGUAAUAUAUAAAUCAAUUGACUUUAAUUGACCUCAGAAAGUCGAAACUGAUAUACGAACAUAAGUACCCAACUUUUCUUUAUAAAACAAUAAAAUACAGUUGUUUAAAAAUGAUUAACAUUAUACACCACUGUUUAAUAUAAUAAUAUGAUUAAUUAUUAAAUCAAUUGGGAG